UCUUCGCGAAGGCGCUCGCUUGCCUGGGAGCCCCGGUUCCCCGUCAGCGCAGGAGCGGAGGCGCCGCUCCUUGUGCCGGCAGAGCCCGGCUCCCCCCGCCUCGGGCCACAUCCGACCCGCUCCCUGCGUAGCUCUCCCGCCCUCGGCUGCCUUUCGCUUUCGUUUUCUUUCUAACGCGGGAAACGAAAGUGGGCGGGGUGUGCGCAGUGUGCCGGGCCGGGCCGGCUGGUGGAGCGCCCGCGGGUCCCGGAGCGUCGGCAGCGGCUCGGAGCAGUGACCAUCUACGAAGAUCAGGUACUAUCUAGAGCAACAGACACAUCUUUGAAUGUUACUUUGCAGCACCUAUUGAAGAUUGUGUCAAAAUGGAUCGUGAGUGUAUGACGAAGAUCAACCAUUACUGUCAAAUGCAUAAACUUUCACUGGUCUAUGACCCCGUCAAUAUGACCGGCCCAUCUCAUGAUCCUGAGUUCACAGUUGUUGCCAAAAUAAACGGUAAGGAAUAUGGUAGAGGCACUGGUAAAAGUAAAAAAGAAGCAAAAGCAGCAGCAGCAAAAGAAGCAUGGGAAAUUAUUAAGAAAGAGCAUAAGAGUCCCUCAAAUGUGGAAGCUGCAGAGUUAAUGACAGCUCAAACAACCUCCUCACCUGCACUGAACAAAGAUUAUGUCAGCCUAUUAAAUAUUUUUUCCCAAAAGACGCGUCACAUAGUUCAGUAUCCUAACACUCGUACUGGAGAUGCCCAUGCUCCCACGUAUUUUGUUAGCUGUACAAUUAGUGGUUGUUUGUAUGGAAGGGGCACUGGACCUUCCCUAGGUGCUGCAAAACAAGCUGCUGCAAAGGAAGCAUAUGAGAAGAUGGAAACUGAAAGAUCUAACGGCAGUUCUACAUUUAGCAAAGACAGCAAUUCCUCUCAAGUGCCAGCUGAGUCUGACUCAGAUAAAAACAGCAUUGGCUUUGCUGACUCAUCUGCAAAGUUGGUAGAAAAAAUGAAUGACAUGGCAAUAUGUGAAAAGCCUUCACCUUUUCAGAAAAAUGCACAAAGUUCGAAGGCCAAAAGAAAAUUGGCAGCUAAUUUUGCUUAUUUUGUAAGAAACAAGAAAGAGGGAGCAAAUAUAUCACAUUCAAAUGAAAGUUGGCCAGAUGUGGACACAAAUACUGGAGAAGAGAAGGGGAGUCCGCACACUGUCAAUAAAACAUUCCUCGAACAUUUUGAAAAAAUAGAGCCUAUUGGUGCAGGUGGUUUUGGGAAUGUUUUCAAGGCAACAUCCAAGUGUGAUAAGAAAACCUAUGCAAUCAAACGAGUUGAAUUCACAGAGAAAGUAGAGCGUGAAGCACAAGGGCUUGCAAGACUUACACAUGAGAACAUAGUGCGCUAUCAUUUCAGCUGGAAAGGGGAUGACUAUAUCAAGUACCCAGACUCAAGCUGGAAUUCAAAACAGAAAAUUCUCUGUCUUUUCAUCCAAAUGGAAUUCUGUGAACAAGGGACAUUGGAAAACUGGGUUGCAAAAACUAGCAAAGACCAAAAGUAUCAUGAAAUGGCACAAAAGAAAUUUUUACAAAUAGUGAAAGGAGUGGAAUAUAUUCAUUCUAAAGAGUUAAUUCAUCGAGACCUCAAGCCUCAGAAUAUAUUCAUAUCACAUGAUAAUAAAAUAAAAAUAGGUGACUUCGGUCUUGUGACUUCUGUGACAUUUGAGACUCUGACUGAGAACAGAGGAACAAAAUCGUAUAUGGCACCAGAACAGACUGGGGCCAGAUAUGGAAAGGAAGUAGAUAUUUAUGCAUUGGGAUUAAUCUGGUUCGAAAUUCUUUCGGCAUUCACUUGUCAUGAAAAAACUAAGGUAUGGCCUUCUGUUAGAGAAGGUGUGCUUCCAGCGCACUUCAACUUACAAUUUCCAACAGAGGCAUCCAUAAUCAGAAAGAUGCUUUCAACAGCCCCUUCAGGAAGAAUCACUGCAUCUCGUUUACUUGACCUUGUUAAGUCCGCUGAUAAAGAGAAGGCACCUAGAAAUUUUUCUUACUGA